AAGGAAUGUGAGGAAGGCACUAACCACCUAAAGGUGGAUAAAGUAACGUUUUUCUGAUAAUUUGCGUAAUGUUUUCCAACUUUAAUUCAACCUAUGGUAUUCAAACAAAUGCUUUCAUCGAUUAAAGUUUUUUUUACAUAAAUCUUAUUACAGAAUUUAGAAACGAUAUGCCAAAUGAAUGAUGAAGGCAAAAAGUUUUGGCGGCAGGCGCAAGUUAAGUUUGGGAAGCCCGAAAGGGAGAUGCUUGCUCCGAUCAUAACUGCAUAUUUUUACAAAAUCGCGAGCGGUUCGAUUAACCAACAAAUGUUUAAUGAAAUGUUCGAAAUCAUACGCAGUCAGUUCCCGUCUGAAACGAACAAGCACAUUUGGUACGUCGGUGGUAACCACCCACAAGGCUUCCUUUACGAAAGUUAUCGACGUCUACAAACUAAAGCAAAACAAACAGGUGCUAAAUUGAUGCUAAGCACCAUUCCAUACAACGAAAUUGCUGAAAUUUUUGAAUCAUGGGAUGCCUCUUAUCCUAUUCGACGAUUCGAAAUAAUGUCUGGUAAUUUUAAGAUCGAAGAUUACAACGUGUUGAACAAUUUCACGAAAGCGCACGACCUGAUCACGAAAGACUUCACUCGACUUCAUGGAAAAAUGUCCAAUAUUGCAGCAAAAAUUCCAGUUUUUGUGAAAAAAUUCAAUAAAAUUUUCCAUGAUUAUCGAAAAUUGAUCAAAGACGACACCGAACUCUGCGAUGAGAUCAUUAAAACAUUUAGCCAUGAUCCGCCGGUCAAUGACCAUUCAAUUUUCUUGAUUUUUUACACAUUGCCGUUGCUUUUGAGAGAAAAUUUCGUUUACCGUGGAGGUAAACGGAUGCGUCCGACUUUGUUCAUGUCGCGUAAUGCGUACAUAACUAUCAUACCAACGGAAGCUACGCUUACUGAGACUAUAGAAACAACAAGGAAAAAAGCGCAGGAUCGACAAACUACUGUGCAACCAUUCAUUGUUGCGGUAGGAUCAAUCGAAAACAUAAAAAAAUACUUCGUUGUUUUCGACGACUUGCUCCUUCCUUGUUCAAGAGCAAUCGAAGCUGUUGAUAUUCAUUACAAACUUCACGAUGUCUUCAAUUUGUUGUAUGCAGCUGAGUGUCAAACCGUACUACAUUUCACGCAAAAAUUUUUCUACGGUCAGCAGUAUGAAGAAGACUCAAUCCGGCCGCACGUGGAAGAGCUUAUCAGUGACAUUCUGAAUCCGUGAAAGAAUGAUUAUAAAAUAAACUAAAAAAAUGAAAUAAAAAUAUACACUU